AUGCUACAGCCAUGCACGAGUGCUGUAAGACGUGCAACGCAUAGUCUGAACCACAACCUAUUCCAAAGCUAUAGCUCUGCGCCAUCUGUACAAGCAGAGCUCGUCAAACAAUCUCUGCGCGAGCUUCUCCGAGAGACAGCCCAGCCUGUGGCGGUAGUCACGUCAACCCUACCAGGCCAUGAAACCGCACCACGAAGUGAUUCGUCCGUGCAAAGCCAGAAAAAAGCACUGUCAAUAUUCCAUGGCGCUACAUUAUCAUCCUUCACGUCCGUCGCGUUUGAUCCGCAUCCGCUCGUCGCAUUCUCUCUCCGAGUCCCAUCCCGGAUGGCUCUGGCUCUGAACGCACACGCAUUAAAGCCCCAGAUGCAAUUGUCGUCCCAUAUGGUCGUCAAUAUCCUCUCUGCUGCGCAACCUCAUAUCGCACGAUUGUUCUCCAGUCCAGAUCUGCAUCCCUUUUCGGAAUCAGAGGUGCAGUGGACGCAGUCUGUAGAUGGUCUCCCGGUUAUCAAAGGUGUUUUGGGCGCGCUCUCCUGCACUGUCGUCGGUCGGUCGUUGCCCUUGAGUGAUACACGGUGGUUGCAUUCGAGCAUGGAGGAGUGGGAAACGGAAGUGCAGCAAGUAGAAGGCGGUAGUGGGUUGGUUUCAGAGCUAUUCAUCGCACGUGUUUUACGUGUGGAGGACGUCCAAGAACCAGAGGGUCAAUUCGAGAAUGAUAAAUUACGGACGUUACCUUUACUCUACCACCAAAGAGCCUACGCCACUGUGGGCAAGAUACCAAACCCAUGA